AUGCGUUAUAAGUUGAUAGUAAAUCAUUUGGCAAUGAUAAUGUCAACAAUAGAUACGGAAGCAGACGAUGUGGUGCCACCACCAGAACAACAACAGCCACCGCCACAACAACAACUACCACAGCAGCCACCACAACAACCAACACAACAACAAGUACCACAGCGGCAACUACCACAGCUGCCACAGCCACCACUACAACAGCCGCCACAACAACCACCCCAACUGCAAAAACUUCCAGAUCCUGAGAAGGAAAACGAUACAAGGACAACAUUCCCAACCAAACCUCAAUUACCACAUCUUUGUAACUUAGGGAAAAGGUCAAGACCGAAUUCUGGUAAGGAAGGCCGCGGUAAUUUGACUGGCACACCUUCCAAGAGAUCUUUACAACAAUCAUUGAGAAUGACUCCACCAAAUGUCGACGACGAUGAACUCUUGCCUCUUCUCCUCAAUAAUGAAAGUUUCUAUGACGACAAGGAGAACGACAGGCCAGCGAAUCCUACGCCACUACAACAGCUGCAGAUACAAACCUCGGCACUAUCUGUUUAUCCCAGCUCAUCAAUGUUUUUCAGCCCUAUUUCCGAUUACAGUCCAACAAAUGAAGCGUUGGAUAGGGACAUUGAGAGAGCCAUCAAAAUCAGUCAUUUAGAAGCACAAAGGGCAGAGGAUGAUGAUGAAGAUGUGAGGAGAGCCAAGGCGUUGAGUCUAUCUUAUAUGAUCAGUGAGAGUACAAAAGAGCAGCCCAGUGUUGACCAACCAACAAGCCACUUGCAGGCUAGCGAGGAAAUGGAAUGUGGCGACUUAGAGAACAUCAGUCUGAGUGAGGCUGACAAAGUGUACGAACUGGUUGCAGUGGUCAGCCACAUAGGACCAACCUUAACAUCAGGUCAUUACGUCAGCGACGUGUAUGAUACUAAAAGUAGUUGUUGGUACACAUGUGAUGACAAAAACGUCUGGGAUACCAACUUACAAAACGUCUUGACGAGUAGGAGGAAUUCUGCAUAUAUCCUCUUCUACGAAAACAAGUUGGUGCUGGCCUGGUUGACUGCCUGA